AUGAGCACUUCCCUCACGUUGGCCGAGUUGACCAACAUUGCCAUUCCAAAGUGUGGAGUGGUGAACUUUGGCGCCCUGCAUCUCGUGCUCCGGGGCAUUUUGGAACACCUUCACUUGGAGGAGCUUAAGAAAGACCUCUCCGGGGAUGAGGACUUCCUCCAGACCUCGGGGAUGCCUAAACCCAAGGAAGAUGCUGCUCAGCCCAUCCUUCCAUCCAUGAAGCAGCUUGUCGAUUUUGACCAAGUGCUGAGCCGUAUUGACAAGUUAGAGAGUCAGCUGUCCAGCCUGAAGGACCUGCCCUCCACUGCCCAGCUCCUACAGGGCAGCAUGGGAACCAGGCGGCCCAUGGAGGACCUGUGGAAUUUCAUCAGGCUCCAGAAGAAGACAGAAUCCAAUGAGGAGGCCAUAACAAAGGCCAUGCAGAUCCUGCAGGAUUUGCUCAUUGAACUUCAUCUGUUCAAGGUCACUGUUGACUCACUCAAGAAGGACAUGGACAAGCUGAGGGACAUAUUUGAGAAGAUUCGCCCAGAAAAACUUGAUGUGGUUGCUGAAGGCUUAAGAAUGGAGAGCCGGAGGACGAGCGCCCUGCAGCGGGAAGUGGUCACUAUCCAGACCAAGCUUCAGAACAUCCCCAAACCCGAGGAAGUGGUGCUGUGGAGUAGCCUCCAUGAGGCCAUGUUCACUGGGGCACUUGUUCUGCCAAGGAGUGAGCAGACCAGUGAGCAGUUGCCAGCAGCCACCUUUGCUCAGAGGGAGGCCUUGGAGGAUGGUGUCCAACGCCAUACCUCCCUACAGAGGACUUCUGGACAUUAUGAUGGCACAGAAAUCCAGUUAGAGCCUGUGGAGGUGGUUCCCCUCCGCGGCCUGGGCCUGGGCCUGGACCUGUGCCUGGGCUUGGACCUGCCCCUGGGAUUGCACCUGGGCCUGAACCUGAACCUGCACCUGGACCUGGACCUGCGCCUGGGCCUGGGCCUGGACCUGCACCUGGACCUGUGCCAGGGCCAGGGUGCUUGGCCCUUUUUGGACUUGCCUGCCCCGGGUCCAUCAUUCUCCCUGCAGCCUCUUCCCACACAGUUGCUCGCAGCUAUACCACCAUCCAGGGAAAUAGGAUACUCGUGGCCUAGUCCCCUGAAGCCACAUCAGUCUCACAGGACAGGGCCCCGCCAGCUCCCAGCUGUCGAAGAAAUGGAGGAUGAAUAUUCCUACCCCCGCCGUAAGGGAGCCCCUCAGGAAGAGACCCCCAGGCGUGGAGCCCAAGUGGAUGCAAGUUCGGAAGCACAUCUUAAGCAUCCUGGGUCUGGCUUGAAGCGAGCUAAAACCACUGCCGCCGUGGCUGCUGCCACUGCAGCAGCCUACGCAGCUGCUGCCACUUCAGCAGCUAGGGCAGCGCAUGCUGCCGCCAAGGCAAUCAAGGAGGCCUCUGCCACUAAAUUGGCUACCAGAGCCCCAUCUGGGCCCUUUUCCGAUAGUCUGGGCAUAGGGUCUUCCCGUGGGGCUACUGUCUCCACGAGCUUAAGUGAUGACGAAGAGGAGGAAGACAUGCAGAUCUCUGUUGGUAGAUUCUCCCCAUCGUAUACUUCCCCCAGCCUACCCAGGUUAGCCUUUUCCCAGGCCAUGAUACUUGGCAGUCAGGCUGUAAGCCCUGAAGACAAGAAGAAGGCUGUCCAGUACUCCAUGAGCCACAUUGCCCAAAUGCCUAUCACCCAGGACUCCCUGAAAACAGAGUUCUCCAAGCUCUCAACCAACCUGCAGCAACGCCUGACUUAUCUAGGUAAAAUAAAAGACACCUCCAGGUUUGGAGCCACACUGGAGUCACUUCAAGAGAAGCUUAACAACCUCCAGAAAUCCAGGCUCCAGGAAGAAGAACUUGAGAGAAUUUGGGGUACCCAAAUAGAGUCAAUGAAGAAUCAAUAUGUGGUACUGGACCGAGCGAUAGGAAGGCUCCAGAAUCGCCUAGAUGACUUCAAGUCUUUGCAGCCUCAGAUCGACAGGCUGAAUCGGGAGAAAGUGAAUAAAAGCACAAUGGACAAAGAGCUGAAAGAAAAAGCUGAAAAGAGUGCUCUGGCAAGCAAGGUGAACAGGAAUGAACUGGACGUAAUAGCCACAGAGCUGAACGAGAUGGUGCAGAGCGUGCUCUUCAAGGUCACGACCUAUGAGGAAGACUGGAAGAAGGCACUGGGGCAGUUCAAGAAGGACCUGGCCACCAAACUGGUCCCCAAUGACCUGGAGGCUAUGAAGAAAGACAUAGAGGAGAUAUGGCGAGUGGUCCUCAAGCUGGUGGUGGACAGCCUUCGGUUCGACCCCGACUGUGCUGCAGGCUUUAGGAAGAAGCUCUUUGAGCGGGUGAAGUGCAUUUCCUGCGACCGGCCUGUGAAGAUGAUGACCAGCCCGCAGCUGAUCACCAUCCGCAAAGGCAACCUGCCAUCGAGGCUGCGGCCAGCUAGUGCCAAUGGCUAUGAGUACCUGGAGCAGGAGCUGCUGAGGGAACAGAAGUUGCAGAUACAGGACCUGGACCCCCUGGGUACCCAGCAGGACUGGGGUGAUGGGCCCCGAAACACUGCCACCAGGCAGAGGACAUACAACAUGACCACGCUCUAUCCUUACGGGGACCCGGAAGAGCUGGACUAUGACACUGCAGAGGUGGACAUCCUGGGUGUGGAUGGAGUCUUGUAUAAAGGCCGCAUGAACACCCAGAUUGGGACUCAGCCUCCUCUCGGGGAGAAGGAACUGACAGCUGUGAAGAUUCCAUGUCCCCCGCCUGCUGCCCAGCCCCCAAGUGAUCGAAUGCGCUCCAAUGCCUUAACUGGUGCUGUCCAUGCCCCCCCUGGCUUCCCAGGCUACCGCACAGGUGACAGCGCCACCUCCCGCCCUGUAUCCACAACGCUAUCACGGCCGCCAUCCAUGCUACCACUGCUGCCACUGGUGAUCCCUCCCAGGGGGGACUCCCUACAGGCCCAAGUGCCCCCCAGGCACCAGAGAUUUGCACACCUUGAGUCCAGAAUCACCAUGCCGUCUGCAGAGGAGUCCACCAACUCCACCAACUCGACUGUGUCCAAAUGA